AUGGGAGGUGGUGGAACCCCGGCCGCUCCUGCCGCUUUUGCCUCUCCUGCUGCUGACCGUAUCAUCCAGGACACGAACUACGAAGCAGACGACUCUGGUCCAGCUUCUCCCGACAAAAGCGAGACCGAAGAAUCCGAAAAGUCUGAGAAUCUCAAAACAACUCCCAGAGCCAACGCGAAGAAACCCAGCCCGCGGGCAGCUACCGAGAAAAUGUCGGCCACCACUCCUUCGGAAGCGACUAUCGGCGGCACCACAGGCACCACCGACACCAUGACGGACGAUGGAGGUACACCAGUCAACGACACGCCGAUUCCCCUCGACCUCUCCAGCGCCCGUCGAGCCAAGACCCCCGACGUGGACCUUACAGGUUCGUCGAGUGCCUCCUCAGCUCUCUCAACUCCUACCAAGCCGGCUUCCGAGCGCCGCCAAGCCACCCCGAAGGGACCGAAGCUCAUUUCACACAAGGAGGCGAAUCAACAGCUUCGUGAUCUUAUCGUUGCCCACAAUGAGAAGGGAAUCGAGAUAAAGGAGACGCUAGCCCUGUACAAAGACUUGACGCGCGAGGAUAACGCGACCCCGAUAAUCCUCGACGAAUGCGUCGCUGUCGCAAACGCUCGUCUUGUACGAGCAAUUGAUGAUGUCGAGGCUCUUGAGGCUGGUCAUCCGCCGAGAGUGAUGCCCUACCCGGCCGAUAAGAUUCCCGAGCUUCUUGCCGCUGUCGAGAAAGCCGAGGCCGAAAGGGACGCGUUCGAUGCCGAGAAUCAGCGCUUGUUCACGCAAAUGGCCACGUUGGAGGGGGAGAUCUACGCUCUCAAGGCCAAGGUGAAGUUUGCCAGAAAAGUCGAGCUUGAAGCCAGAAUGCGAGACGGCAUGCCGACUUCUUCGGCGGCCUGCAAUAAACCCAUUGCGCCUUCUGGAUCUGGGUUGCCUGUCGCUUUCGGGACUCCGAUCGAUUGGACGCCUAAGACUGUUGCACGGUUGGGUUUGGCUAACAAAACACCUGUUGUGGUUACGUCUCCCGCUAGCUCAGAGAUCGUCGUCCAUCAGACGACUGCGCAGAAGUCUAGAGCGGGUAAGCGAACAUCGAGCUCAAAUAACACUCAGACGCCCACUAGAAAGAGAAAGGCUCGACACUGA